AAGAAUCCACUGAAGAUGCGGAAGGACCCAAUGAAACAGCCGGUGAUGCUGAAGAGCCUGCCAAGGAACAAGAGAGUGGAGGGGACAAGGACCAGAGUAAAUGGACAGCACCAGCCAGCCAGGCAGAGAAGGAGCUGACGGAGCCUCCCGCGUCCUCCAAACGAAUAUCAUUUCCCAGCAGCUCUGAGUCGCCUCUCUCCUUUAAAUGGUCAAAAACUUCAGAGGAGACCAAAUCAGAGCAGAUGUACCAGUGUCCGUAUUGCAAGUACAGUAACACAGACGUGAAUCGGCUGCGGGUGCACGCCAUGACCCAGCACUCCGUGCAGCCCAUGCUCCGCUGCCCGCUCUGCCAGGACAUGCUCAACAACAAGAUCCAUUUGCAGCUGCACCUCACCCAUCUGCACAGCGUGUCACCCGACUGCGUCGAGAAGCUCAUCAUGACGGUGACAACACCUGAAGUGAUGAUGCCCAGCAGCAUGUUUCUCCCAGCAGCCGCUCCAGAGAAGGACGGGAACUCUGCUGCAGAGGAGCUGGGGAAGCAGCCUGCCCUUGUGUGCUGGUGUGGUUUUCAGGUUUUGCCAUCGGAAAGCACAGAGCACAGCGGAGAUCCCAAGCCAGUUCCAGCCGAUCCGAGCUCUGCCAGGGAGGACUCUGGCUUCCUGUGCUGGAAGAAGGGCUGCAACCAGGUGUUCAAGAGCUCGGCAGCCCUGCAGACACACUUCAAUGAAGUUCACGCAAAGCGGCCUCAACUGCCGGUGUCCGAUCGCCACGUCUACAAGUACCGCUGCAACCAGUGCAGCCUGGCGUUCAAAACCAUCGAGAAGCUGCAGCUCCAUUCCCAGUACCACGUCAUCCGGGCGGCCACCAUGUGCUGCCUCUGCCAGCGCAGCUUCCGAACCUUCCAGGCCCUGAAGAAGCAUCUGGAAACCAGUCAUCUGGAGCUGAGCGAGGCCGACAUUCAGCAGCUGUACGGUGGUCUUUUGGUCAACGGGGACCUCCUCGCUAUGGGUGAUCCUUCGCUUGCAGAAGACCACACCAUAAUAGUCGAGGAAGAUAAGGAGGAGGAGAGCGACUUGGAAGAUAAGCAGAGCCCGACAGGUAGCGAUUCGGGGUCGGUGCAAGAGGACUCUGGCUCAGAACCGAAAAGGGCCUUGCCCUUCCGGAAGGGCCCUAACUUCACUAUGGAGAAAUUCCUCGAUCCGUCGCGCCCCUACAAGUGCACGGUCUGCAAGGAGUCUUUCACGCAAAAGAACAUUCUCCUGGUCCAUUACAAUUCAGUUUCUCAUCUGCACAAACUGAAACGAGCCCUCCAAGAGUCUGCUACUGGGCAGCCCGAACCGACCAGCAGCCCAGACAACAAACCUUUUAAGUGUAACACCUGCAACGUGGCCUACAGUCAGAGCUCAACCCUCGAGAUCCACAUGAGGUCUGUCCUGCACCAAACCAAGGCUCGCGCUGCCAAGCUGGAGGCGGCCGGGGGCAGCGGCAGCAGUAACGGAGCUGGCAACAGCAGCAGCAGCAGUCUCUCUUUGGGCUCCUCCACACCAAGUCCAGUGAGCGCUACCAACAGUAACACUUUUACAACCACCAACACGAGUAAUUCAGGCACAGCUCCCAUUCCCAGCCUGCUCAACCAGGUACCCAGUGACAACGUGGGAAUUCCUCCUUUAGGUAACCCUGGAAGCACCAAUAUCUCCUCCCCCUCCGAGCCCAAAGAGGUGAACCGAAAGAAGCGGGUUUCAGCAGCUUGCAGGAUCAGGCUUUCACAGCAGCAGCAGCAGCAGCAGCAGCAGCAGCAGCAAGCGCAAACCUUGGCACAGGCCCAGGCCCAAGUCCAGGCUCACCUGCAACAAGAACUGCAGCAGCAAGCUGCUCUCCUGCAGUCUCAGCUGUUCAACCCAGCACUUUUGCCGCACUUUCCGAUGACCACUGAGACCCUUCUGCAGCUCCAGCAACAGCAGCAUCUUUUGUUCCCUUUCUACAUCCCUAGUGCUGAGUUCCAGCUCAAUCCAGAAGUUAGCUUGCCUGUCACCAGUGGUGCACUGACACUGACUGGGACAGGUCCAAACUUGCUGGAGGACCUGAAGGCUCAAGUUCAGCUCCCUCAACAGAACCAUCCACAGCUCCUACAGCAGCAGCAAGGUCAGCUGUCCUUGUCACAACCUCACUCCGUCCUUAUACAGCAGAGCCAGCAUGCUGAGAAGAAGAAUAAAUCCGUAGUGAAGGAGAAGGAAAAAGAAACCCCACGGGAAAGGGAAGGUGCAGAGAGGGGAGAAAAUAGUGUAGCGUCGAAGGAGUCUCUGCCUGAUAACUUAAAGCCCAAAGAGAAGAAGGACUUUGCACCAGGCAGUAGUUCGGAGCCCUCCUUACUGCCACCGCGUAUUGCCUCCGAUGCAAGAGGGAACGCCACAAAAGCCUUGCUGGAAAACUUUGGCUUUGAGCUUGUCAUUCAGUAUAACGAGAACAAGCAGAAGGUGCAGAAGAAAAACGGGAAGACAGAGCAAGGUGAGAACUUGGAAAAGCUCGAGUGCGAUACAUGCGGCAAGUUCUUUUCAAACAUCCUCAUCCUGAAGAGCCACCAAGAGCAUGUUCACCAACAUUACUUUCCCUUUAAGCAGUUAGAGAGAUUUGCCAAACAAUACAGAGAACACUAUGACAAACUGUACCCGCUACGGCCUCAGACCCCGGAGCCACCGCCACCACCUCCGCCGCCCCCACCUCCGCUCCCUCCAGCACCUCCUCAGCCGGCUUCUACUCCCACCAUUCCUACUUCUGCCCCACCGAUUACCUCUCCUACAAUCGCACCAGCCCAGCCGUCUGUGCCGCUCACCCAGCUCUCCAUGCCAAUGGAGCUCCCCAUCUUCUCACCACUUAUGAUGCAAACCAUGCCACUACAGACGUUACCUGCUCAGCUGCCGCCCCAGCUCGGUCCCGUAGACCCUCUGCCUGCCGACUUGGCCCAGCUGUACCAGCAUCAGCUCAACCCUAGCCUUCUCCAGCAGCAGCAGAACAAGAGGCCACGGACACGGAUCACCGAUGACCAACUCAGAGUCCUUCGGCAAUAUUUUGAUAUUAACAACUCCCCAAGUGAGGAACAGAUCAAAGAGAUGGCGGACAAAUCUGGAUUGCCCCAGAAAGUGAUCAAGCACUGGUUCAGAAACACUCUUUUCAAAGAACGCCAGCGCAACAAGGAUUCCCCGUACAACUUCAGUAAUCCUCCCAUUACUAGCCUGGAAGAACUGAAGAUAGACUCACGGCCUCCUUCUCCAGAACCUCAAAAGCAGGAGUACUGGGGAAGCAAACGGUCCUCCCGGACACGCUUUACUGACUACCAACUCAGAGUCCUGCAGGACUUCUUUGAUGCCAAUGCUUAUCCAAAGGAUGAUGAAUUUGAGCAGCUUUCUAACUUGCUGAACCUCCCAACACGUGUUAUAGUGGUGUGGUUCCAGAAUGCCCGUCAAAAAGCUAGGAAAAACUAUGAGAAUCAGGGAGAAGGCAAAGACGGGGAGCGACGGGAGCUUACAAACGACAGAUACAUUAGAACAAGCAACUUGAACUACCAGUGCAAAAAGUGCAGUCUAGUCUUUCAGCGCAUUUUUGAUCUCAUUAAACACCAGAAAAAGCUUUGUUACAAAGAUGAGGAUGAGGAUGGACAGGAUGAUAGCCAGAAUGAAGACUCUAUGGAUGCAAUGGAGCUCUUGACUCCAACCAGUUCCUCCUGCAGCACACCAAUGCCCUCACAAGCUUACAGCACACCUACGUCAUCAGCCAAUGCAACCUCCUCAGCGUUUCUGCAGCUCACAGCAGAGGCAGAUGAUUCCUCCACCUAUAGUUCUAAAGUAGAAGCUACAGAUGAGAAACCAAAGCAGUCUGAACCUCCAAGUACACAGCAAAACCAAACUCAAGAGAAGCAAGUGCAACCAAAGCAAGAGUCUCAGCAGCAACAGGACCAAGGAGAACAAAAGACAAGUUCAGCACACCAAAAGAUUUCACAGUUAUCCUCCCCCUCUUCAUUGCAACAGCCACCUCCCCCACCUCAGCCCCCUCAGUGCUCCUUGUCACAGUCCAGCCCAAGUCCAUCUCAGCUCUCGCAUCUCUCCCUCAAACCCAUUCACACAUCCACCCCUCAACAGCUGGCAAACCUACCUCCUCAGCUAAUCCCAUACCAGUGUGACCAGUGUAAGCUGGCGUUUCCUUCCUUUGAGCAUUGGCAGGAGCAUCAGCAGCUUCAUUUUCUGAGUGCACAGAACCAGUUUAUCCACCCCCCAUUCCUGGACAGAACACUGGAUAUGCCGUUCAUGCUUUUUGAUCCCAGUAAUCCACUACUUGCGAGCCAGCUGCUAUCUGGAACACUACCACAGAUUCCAACAAGCUCAGCCACUUCACCGUCAACUCCAACAUCCACAAUGAACACACUGAAGAGAAAGUUGGAGGAAAAGGCCAGUGCAAGCCCUGGAGAAAACGACAGUGGGACCGGAGGAGAAGAACCACAAAGGGAUAAACGCCUAAGGACAACCAUUACCCCAGAGCAGCUGGAAAUUCUUUAUCAGAAAUACUUGCUCGACUCCAACCCGACACGGAAGAUGUUGGAUCACAUUGCACAUGAAGUGGGCUUGAAGAAACGCGUGGUGCAAGUUUGGUUUCAGAACACCCGUGCACGGGAAAGGAAGGGGCAGUUCAGAGCUGUAGGGCCUGCCCAAGCCCACAGACGCUGUCCCUUCUGCCGAGCUCUCUUCAAAGCAAAGACAGCUCUUGAAGCUCAUAUCCGAUCCCGUCACUGGCAUGAGGCCAAGAGAGCCGGAUACAAUUUGACGUUGUCUGCAAUGCUCUUGGAUUGUGAUGGGGGACUCCAAAUGAAGGGAGACAUCUUUGAUGGAGCAAGCUUUUCCCACAUGCCACCGACUAGCAGUGAUGGACAGAGUGUUCCUCUCUCCCCAGUGAACAAGAGCAUGGAACUGUCACCUCGGACUCUGCUGAGUCCAUCCUCCAUUAAGGUGGAAGGGAUAGAAGACUUCGAGAGUCCCUCCAUGUCCUCGGUCAAUCUGAGCUUUGACCAAACAAAGCUCGACAACGAUGACUGCUCUUCUGUCAACACUGCGAUCACAGACACUACAACAGGAGAUGAAGGGAACGCAGACAACGACAGUGCAACAGGGAUUGCAACUGAAACCAAAUCGGCAUCGGGACCCAGUGAAGGUCUGACAAAAGCUGCCAUGAUAGCAAUGUCUGAAUACGAAGAUCGGCUGUCUUCUGGCCUGGUCAGCCCAGCUCCCAGCUUUUACAGCAAAGAGUACGAUAACGAAGGUACUGUGGACUACAGUGAAACGUCCAGCCUCGCAGACCCCUGCUCGCCCAGUCCUGGUGCAAGUGGUUCAGCUAGCAAGUCUGGAGAGAGCGGCGAUCGGCCCGGACAGAAACGCUUUCGCACUCAGAUGACUAAUCUCCAGCUAAAAGUUCUUAAGUCAUGCUUUAAUGACUACAGGACACCUACCAUGCUGGAGUGUGAGGUCCUGGGCAAUGACAUUGGACUGCCAAAGAGAGUUGUUCAGGUCUGGUUCCAGAAUGCUAGGGCAAAGGAGAAGAAGUCCAAACUCAGCAUGGCCAAGCAUUUUGGUAUAAACCAAACAAGUUACGAGGGACCCAAAACAGAGUGCACUUUGUGUGGCAUCAAGUACAGCGCUCGGCUGUCUGUACGUGACCAUAUCUUCUCUCAACAGCAUAUCUCCAAAGUUAAAGAAACCAUUGGAAGCCAGUUGGAUAAGGAAAAGGAGUAUUUUGACCCAGCUACUGUACGUCAGUUGAUGGCUCAGCAGGAGCUGGACCGGAUCAAAAAAGCCAAUGAGGUUCUUGGUCUGGCAGCUCAACAGCAGAGCAUGUUUGAUAACGCCCCUCUGCAAGCCCUUAACCUUCCUGCUGCGUACCCAGCGCUACAGGGCAUCCCUCCGGUAUUGCUCCCAGGCCUCAACAGCCCGUCCUUACCAGGCUUCACUCCAUCCAACACAGCUUUAACUUCUCCCAAACCCAACCUGAUGGGCCUGCCC